AUGUUUCCCCCAGUUAUUCUUGAAGAUUACAUCAAAAAACUCUUGGAUUCGCUUCCUCCAGGAGAUGUAACGAAGUUACCUCAAGAGGAUUUCAGAGACCUCUUUUGGCAUACUCCGGCCGGUACGGUAUUGCCAGAUGUGCAAGUUCGCGAUACUAUUUUGCCCACGUCCAAAGGCGACGUCUCCGUCACCAUUGCCCGACCUACGACCAAUGAUACCUUGCCUUGUAUUGUAUAUUUUCAUGGUGGAGGAUGGUUUACAGGCAACAAGUACUGUCAUGCCCUGAUUAUGCGUGAGCUGGCUGUGCAAGCUCGAGCUGCUGUUGUGUUUGUCAACUAUUCGCUCAGCCCCGAAGUCAAAUACCCGGUCGCCAUGGAGGAAUGUUAUAGUGUGGUAGAAUGGUUGGCCAAUUCGAAGAACGCGGCGUCUCUUCAAAUCAAUGCGCAUCAGUUGGCAGUUGCAGGCGACUCGGCAGGUGGUAAUUUCGCGACCGUCAUUAGUUUACUUGCGAAAAGACGCGGUUUGGGUAAAGCUAUCAAAUAUCAGGUCCUGUAUUACCCUGUCACAAAUGACAAUUUUGCCACCGAAUCCUACGAAACCUUCCAAGAUGGCUUUCUCUUGACUCGUAAUAUGAUGAAGUUUUUCUUUGACCAAUAUACCACAGAGGAAGAUCGUUUGCUGGACACUGUGUGUCCGCUCAAGGCUUCCACCGAAGAUCUCCUAGGUUUGCCGCCGGCUCUCGUUAUCACGGCCGAAGCCGAUGUGUUACGUGACGAGGGUGAAGCUUAUGCACGUAAACUGAUGCAAGCCGGAGUCAAGGUCGUGGCCACUCGCUAUUUGGGAUUAAUUCACGGAUUUUUUACCAUGUCCGAAUUGACAACGCAAGCUCAAGCGGCUUUGACUCAAACCGUCGUCGAGUUACAUAAAGCUUGGAAUUACAAGGCGUAA